UAGUAAAUUCAGUGUCUUCAAAGAAGUUCACUUACCUAAUACGCCCUACCUGCCAGUACUCAUAAAGUUAAGAUUUUUCCUCUUGUAUAGUAGUUGGAAGCCUUAAAGACUUUCUUCAAGAAACUCUUCAUAAACAUGGCAGAACAGGAAUCUUACCAGAUAGCGUGUAUAAAAGAAGAUCUCGGAGGAGUAACUAAAUCAAAUCGUGAACUGAAUAAAGACGAAGACAAUCUACACAGUCUGAUGUGUUGCAGUUUUCGACGUCAAACUACGAACAAACCACGUGAUCCUACACGUCGCAUUCUGACAUUUACUGGCAUGGUUUGUCUUGUCUGCACUUUUGUUGUUAUUGGAAUAGUAAUAAUUGCUGUAUUAUUGUCUAAACUUACAAAAGCUGAUAAACCCUUCACAAAGCCAUUAGACAUCGUUUCCAUUGUUCCUAAACCCCAGAACUUUGUCGACCGCAAGCGAACUAUUCUGGUACAUCGACAAAACAUAAUCCUCUGGAAACGCCAAGUUACUCAACUAGAUAACCUACUCAAGAAAUAUGAAGAACAGUAUUAUAAACCACCCUCUUGCCAGAUACGAGAAGAAAAUAAUUGUUCCUCUCUAACUGAACUAAUUGGUUUAAAUUGUUCAAUCGAAAAUAAUUUCGGAUAUGACAAAGGAUAUCCUUGUGUAGCAUUGAUUUUUACAAAAGUUCCAGAAUGGGUACCUAAGCCUUUUGUAAACAUAUCCAGGAGCAAGAUUCCUCAAAAAUUCGCAAAGAAAUAUGACCCUAAGCUAUUAUAUUUAACGUGUGAAAGAGAACACGUUGAAGAUAAUCUUCAAAUUAUAUUUUCCCCACUUCAAGGGUUUCGAAGAAGUGAAUUCUCUGCAAAGUCUGAGUCUUUACCAUUAGUCAUGUUACAGUUCUUUAAUCUACCAAUCGCAACAGACAUUCAUAUAAUCUGUCGUUUGUGGGCCGAGAAUUUGAAAACGGACAACCAGGGGGUAGUGCCGUCAAAAAUCCAGUUUAGUUUAUUAAUUAUUUAA